AUGGUAUUUUACUUCCAAUACGAAAAGGCGCGACUGGAGCGCAAACGAAUCACCGAGAUGAGCAAAGGAUACGGCAAACCGAAAGUCGGCGGACCGUUCACGCUCAAAGAUGUUAACGGGAACGACUUUACGGAGAAAGACCUGUUGGGAAAAUACUCGUUGAUCUAUUUCGGAUUCACGCAUUGUCCGGACAUUUGCCCGGAUGAAUUGGACAAAAUGGGCGAGGCGCUCGAUAUUAUUCAAGAGAAGGAACCGAAUACCGUGCGGCCGAUUUUUAUUUCGUGCGAUCCCAACCGUGACACGCCCGAGGUGCUGAAGACUUAUCUUGCCGAAUUCCAUCCGUCGAUCAUGGGUCUGGUGGGGACGUGGCAGCAGACGAAAGAUGUGUGCAAACAAUAUCGAGUCUAUUUCUCCACGCCGCCGAAGCUCGAGCCAGGUGAGGAGGAUUACCUGGUCGAUCACAGCAUUUACUUCUAUGUGAUGGAUCCGGAGGGUGAUUUUGUCGAGUGUAUCGGCAGACAGGAUACGCCGGAGAGUGCUGCUGCUAUUGUGUUGCAGCAUAUCAGGGACUGGAAGAAGGAAGGGAAGCCGCUUGACAGAUCGCCGCUGCCGUAUCUCAAUGAUAAGCAGAAGGCUCAAUCGUCCGCGUCUUCGACUGCCUCUGCCAGUGCUACGGCGAAAUAA